GCCCUUCGAGCCUCCGCUGCGUCGCGGCGCUCGGAUGGCGGCAGUCACCACCGAUCAUCAUUCUGCGCCUCCGCUGCCACCGCAGCCGCCUCUCUAUUCCUUCGGCGUACCGUGGCCUGACCUCAACGAGGGUUUGCUAUACACCGACUUAGUCCGAUCCACCGGCAAUGCUACGACUCUGAUUGAGUUCUACUCUUCCAAGUACAAGAACUCGGCUCCGUUGCAAGGCUGGCUUCAAAGAAUUCGCAAUCGCCAGAUAACAGUUGAUGGUGGAUUAGUAACGGAUCCCUGUUUCGCACUCAGAGAUGGUGCUGAAGUUGUUUAUCAUCGUCUUCCUUGGAAGGAGCCUUUUGCGCCUUACUUGCUAGAAGUUCUUUAUGAAGAUAACGACAUGGUUGCUAUAAAUAAACCUUCUGGUCUGCAAGUUUUACCUGGAGGACUUUUUCAGCAACGAACAGUUUUAAUGCAGCUCCAAUGGAAGGAAUGGAAUAAAGUUUCAUCUGAUUGUUCCAAAAGACAAAUGACUCAAGAAACACAUCCUGUGCCUGUACAUCGCUUAGGGAGGGGCACGUCAGGUAUAUUACUUUGUGCAAAGACAAAACUUGCUAAGACUCGCCUUUCAGCUUAUUUUGCUAAUGGCACUGCAUUUGCGGGAGAUGAUGGCAAAGCACGAAGAAUCUCAAAAGUUUAUCGAGCAUUAGUUGCAGGUGUAAUUGCAAGAGAUGAGUUUGUAAUCAAGCAGCCGAUUGGAACAAUGCAUUAUCCUGGAGUAGCAAAGGGGCUAUAUGUAGCUUCUUCAUCAGGGAAGCCAGCACUUAGCAAAGUGCAAGUUCUUGAGAGAGAUGCUCAGAGAAACCAAGCGGUGGUCCAGGUUGAAAUACAUUCUGGAAGACCACAUCAAAUCCGAAUUCACCUUGCAUUUGCGGGGCAUCCUCUUAUAGGUGAUCCUCUUUAUGAUAUUGGUGGGCAACCUAAAGCUUUUGAGCCAGAGUCUUCAUGUGAUUGUGCUGCAGAUGAUGGAGGUUAUCAGAAGCCAGUUCAAGCUGUACCUGGAGAUUGUGGCUAUUACUUGCAUGCAUAUCAACUUUUCCUUUCUCAUCCGGUCACAAAUAAGAGAAUAGAAAUUACUGCUUCGCUGCCACCCAUCCUCCAAACACAAGAAGAACGGGAUCAAGAAAACCUGCAGAGAUAGCCAUGCAACCACUGCUGCUGUCGAGGAAGGAUCAUGUUUUUUUAUUGUAUAACUUACCAUUUGAAUUGUAACAAUCC